AUGGAGGAGCCGCGAAGGGACGAUAAAGAAAACCUCGCCCCUACAUCACGUCUCUCGUUUUCCUGUGACGCUGGGGAUCUCAAGCAGGAGGGCUUCCACCUGAAACAGGUGUCUUCCGGGAUACGUCUGACGAGGCGCGACCAGGAGCAAAUCAACGAACUUAGAAAGCAACUGGCUUCGACCGGCGGCGGCGAGCUGAGCGCGCCUUGCCAUGGCGGUGAGGCGACCGCAUCCCAGCGUGCUGGCGAGGAAGAGGAAGAGGUCGCCACGAGUCAACGGUUGCUGAGGAUGAGCCACCUCAGUCGCCGCACGUCUACACCUCUGCGCGAACUCUUCCAGCAGAGUCUCGCCGCGGCGGCCGCGGCCAUGCUGCCCGAUGCGAAGCCGCUGCUGCCCAAUUCCACGUCGUCGGCGAGUGGGAGUAGCACCCCCUCGGAAGGAAGGCAAGGCGCGGGGGCACCACCAGUGGCCACCGUGGAGGGGAUCGUCACGACCGUGGCCGACCACCGCUUUCCUCGCGCGACGGGCAAGCGCAAGUCCGAUGCCGACACCGUCCUGGAGCGUUUGGCAGCGUCGGCCGGCGAUAACGGCAGUAGCCCCCAUCUGCUGCUGGUAGCCCCAGCUCCCGCGCCUCUUCAUAACGGCGACGAGCACCACCACCUCCUCGAGGAGGUCGACAGGCCAUUCGAUCAGGCCGGUGGUGACGAUGGCGACUACGAAACGGGCGAUGGCAAAGAGGUGGACCAGUCGGCAAUGGAGCAGAGCGUGAUGAACGUGGACGCGUCGAUCUCCAUGGACUCGGCCACUGCGCAGUCUUCGCAACAACACGAUGUGCCGCCGCUCUCCCUCGGGACUGUGUUCGACUCGCCGCGAUCUUCUUCGGCAAGCGUGGACACGCGGCUCGACAAGAGGAGCAGCUUCCUCAGGAGGACGUUUUCCAUGAAGAAGCUGAAACCGGGCACCUUCACCGCCAACAAAGACCCUCGUCUGGCCUUCUUGCGACUGCUCACGGAACAGGAGCUCGCCGUCACCAACGCCCUGCUCGAAGUCGGGAGCGAAGACGUGGCCAAGAGCGUGCUGGUCCUGUUCGACGGCACUGGGCAGGCAGCCCGCCUGCUCAAGUGCUGCCUGCAAAGGGAGCUGCAUGCCACAGCAUCUGAGGGCACGCUCUUUCGAGGGGUGAGCGUCGGGACACGUCUCAUGUCGCACUUCAUGCGGCUGCACGGACGAACAUACCUGGAGAUCACCUUGACGCACUUCUUCGAGACGCUGCUGCCCAAGGACAUACAGCUUGAGGUGGACCCCAACCGCGCUACUGCCGACGCCGGUGCUAUCAGCCACGGGUGCACGGCUCUGGCACACCUGGCGGGGGCUCUCUUGAACGCUCUCUUCUCCGCUCCCGGCCACGUUCCCGAGGGUUUCAGGGAUCUCUUUGCCUCUGUUCGGGCGGAGGUGCUCCAGCGCUUUCCGGAAAUGGAGGACAAAGUGGUGGGCGGCUUCUUCUUCUUGCGCUUCAUCUGCCCGGCUCUUGUAGCACCGGAGCAGUGGGGGCUUGUUGCCGGCAUGCGGCGAGCCCUCAUCCUGAUCAGCAAGGUCGUCCAAAAUGUGGCCAACGAGGUCGAGUUCGGCGACAAGGAAGCGUACAUGAUGCCGAUGAACGGGUUCAUCAAGGAGUACAUCCCACGGAUGAAGCAUUUCCUCGGUGACAUCUCCGCCACGGCUGGGACACCAAGUACGCCUCGGGCAGCCAAAGCAUGGGCGGAAGACCCAACGCUCUUGUGGGCCAACGACGAGUUCAUGGCCAGCCUAUUCGACGUGUUUGAUGAGGUGUCGCUUCAUGCAGACUGCCUCGCGGCUCACCUCCAGGCGGGCGGCCAGGGCCUCUUGGCAGAGGAGCUGCACAGUGUGGGUAAGGAAUUGCCUUCGCGAGAAGGUCAGCUCAAGAAGCGCACGCGCGAGCAACGCGCCACAAAGAAGAAGGAGCACAAGCGCAAGGAAAGGCGCCACAGGAGGUCGCUUUCCGACACCGAACUUGAAGUGCUGGAGACCACCGCGCCCAAGACGGGCGGAACACCCGGGAGGCGGCAACUCAACCGGCUGCUAAGCACGUCCAAGAAGCUCCUCCCCCGGUUCGCCUCUGACAACCACGACGAGCGACCCACCACCGGCGGCAGUGGUACUUCCACCACCGACAACACCGGUGCCUCUCGUAAGUUCCUCAAGGCCAGACGGAAGGCCUCGGCUUCCUCCGCCGCAACCCUCGACUGA